CAACUCCCUUUGCAUAUCAGUAGCUGUACUUAUCAUGCUGACACACAUAAAGGGGAGAAACAUGGAGUAUUCACUUUCAACAUCUGAUAAAAAUGGUAUCUUUGGAAAAAAAAUUGCAUAUUCUGUAGAGUGUAGAAUCAACAAUUUGGGUGCCUUUUAAAGUAAAUUAUUCAUUGUGGGAAAGGUCAAUUUUAUUUUUUUUGGAAAAAAUUCAAAAAUCAUUUGAAGGGGUUUUUUUCCAAGGCUAUUGCAAGUAAACAAAAGGGGAGGUUUUGAUUUUUGGGUACAGUAAAAUCUCUUUCGAAUGGUAGUAACAGAACAAGACUUUGAAUUUUCUUGCAAAUUUGAGUACUGGGUUGUUGAUUGGAACAGUAAAGUUUCAAUCUUUAUAUUUUCUUGGAAAUUUGAGUAUUGGGUUGUUGAUUGGAACAGUAAAGUUGAAAUCUUGGAAGAAAAAAAAUCAAGUUGGAAAAAAAAAAAAAAAAGAUGACAUCUUCAGCUGUGAAUUUGGUGAUGACAGUUAUUGGGUUUACAGUAAGCACCAUAUUUAUAGUAUUUGUUUGUACAAGGUUAAUCUGUGCAAGAAUACAGUAUUUGACAAGGAGGAGGAGGUCCUCUGCAUAUACUUCUAGAUCUGAUCUUAACAUUUUGGAACGUGGUUCAAAUGGUCUGGAGCCUCAUGCUUUUGCCAACUUUCCGACGAAGAAGUAUAGUGAUGCAUUUUUUACCUGUGCAGAAGAUACUCAAUGCACAGUUUGCCUAGCUGUGUAUCGGGAGGAAGACGCAUUACGUAUUUUGCCAUUAUGUGGACACUAUUUCCACGCCACGUGUAUCGACAUAUGGUUUCAGCAGCAAUCUACAUGCCCUGUUUGUCGGAUUUCCCUACGUGAGACUCAUGAGAAAAAGUGCUUCAUGCAGCCCUUGUUUUGUUCAGCUGUCCGAUCUCAGUACGCGACGGACCCUCUGAAUGUUGAUUCGAACCAAUGCUCGUCAUCAUCUGGACAUAGGCUUUCUUCAAGAUUACAUGAAAACCAGAGAACGGAUCCCACUACAGCGAGCUCAUCAAAUGCAUAAGCCUUUAGGCCACAACAGUAUAAAUGGCGAAAUUGGCAGUCUUAAGUAUCCAGAUUUUGCUCAUUCCUUUUGUUAAAGUAUAGCAAGGUGAUGUCUGUGUAUGAUAGACUCAAUAGCGGGAGCUUAGUGCAUUGGACAGGGUAGAUGGACUUUUUUAUUCAAAUGAUGUCUUUUUUCUUCUUUCUUUUCUUUCUUUUUUUGUAUAUUUCAUAGUAGGCUGAUAGCUUUUGUAAGUCAAGUCGGGGCAAACAUUUUGUCUCUUUUUGUAAAUAUAGUUCAGUUUAGGUGGAUAAUCACACUGUAUAUACAAGGUCAAAUUUUUUGUUUAUGUUUAUAUAGUAGAUGAUGAACUUUCUUGGUGAAAAUUCCCCUCCGCAACUGCCUAUAUGACAAGUUGACAACCAUUAUUUCA